UUGAUAUUCUAACCAUUCAGUGAGAGGUGUCCAUCAUUCUCAAGUAAACAUUGAGCAAUCUGAAGCAGACAAUUUUCAAUUGGAUAGCUUCGUCCCCUCUGAAGCAAAGUUUGAGCAGCAUAUUGCUUCUUCAUCUACUCAUUAUUGGCCUGAGCUACUGUCUCUUAGUAUCAGUAUGGAUGCAAGAGGUUUAAUAUUAUUUCUGUCGAAGCAUGUGGAAGAUCAUAAUCAAAUGCGACAUGAAAUUUCCAAUGCUCUUCAAUUGGCUCCAGAUCCUGCAAAAUUAGUCUUGGAUGCAUUAUCAAGUUUUUAUCGUUCAAAGUCAGGGGAGGGGUUUAAGGGUGCAGCCUUAUCCAAUGUAAGAAAGAGUUGCAUUCUUUUGUUGGAGCAGUUAAUGACAUGUUCUGUCCAGAUUGAACGCCAAGUGAAUGAAGAAGCUCUUAAGUUAGCAGUUGAGUGGAAACAAAGAAUGGAAGAGAAGUACCCACAAGGUGUGAUGGCAUAUGGAUUCUUGCAGUUUAUAGUUACAUACUGUUUGAGUUCUGCUUAUAAUAUGGAUGAACUCCUUCAUCUUUUGGUAACUGCUAGUGAGUAUAGACAGUCUCCUGAUUUGUGUCUUGCUCUUGGUUUCGCGGAUAAGAUAUUAAUCCUUAUCGAGAACCUCAUAAAAAAUAAUCUGCGGCUUGAGGCUAUUGCGUAUAUUUGUGCAUUUGAUGUUGCUGACAAGUUCCCUCCUGCACACCUUCUGAAUGACCACGUGAAAUAUUCCAAGAUGAGCAAAUACAAGAAUUUCAAAAAAUCAAAUGUGAAACUGAAUCAGACCAUAGACCAAGAAAUUGCUAUUAUGAGAAGGGUCCUUAGAUGCAUUGCUGAUCACAAGCUUGAAUCUCUAUACCCAACUGAGGAUCUUGAAAACUACAUUGUUCAACUGGAAAUGCAGAAAGAACAGGGAAAUGAUACAGCAAAGAGAGAAAAGAAGAAGGCAGAGAGGAAAAAAAAUUUGUCAGUCCCUUCAUCCAAGGCUAAACCACAGCAUGAGGGUGAAAUUAAGUGGCCUUCCACGAAUAUGUCAGCAGAGGCUGCACCAAGCCUUUCUGGUAGUGCUGGUUGCAGUCUUAACUUAAAACCAUCUCUUCUUGAACAAUCAGUUAGCUCAAUUGCCGAUCAAGCUGCAGCUUGUAGUUUGUGGGACUCCACUGCUUUCUCUGUAGACACAAACUCAUUUAAUUCUCAACAUGGGUCUUCAAUUGCCAAUAACAGGAGCUUGGAACAGUUCACUUCACCUGGAGCAGUCAACAAAGCCACCCCUGAAAGUAGUAUCCAUCAUGCUCAAGUAAAGAUUGACCAACGUCAAUUAGAAAAUUUUCAAUUGGAUGGCUUUGUUCCUUCAGAAGCAAGCAUUGACCUACAAUCUUGUAGCACCAGUAUGGAUGCAAGGGGUUUAAUACUGUUUCUAUGCGAGCAUGUGGAGGAUCAUGAUUUAAUGUGCUGUGAAAUUUCUGAUGCUCUCCAAUUGGCCCCUGACCCUGCAAAACUUGUUUUGGAUGCAUUAUCGAUGUUUUACCAUUCAAAGUCAGGGGAUGCUCCUAAAAAGAAAAAGAACUUGGGGGAUGGCUUUAAUAGGGAUGCCUCAGGCGAGGUGAGAAAGAGUUGCAUUCUUUUGAUGGAGCAGUUAAGGACAUUUCCACUCCAGAUUGAACCCCAUGUAAAUGAAGAGGUCAUGAAGUUGGCAGAUGAUUGGAAAGAAAGAACACAAAAGUACCAGAAAGGUGUGAUGGCAUAUGGUUUCUUGCAACUGAUAGUCACUUACCGUUUGAUUUCUGCUUAUGAUGAGGAUGAGCUUCUUGUUCUUUUGGUAAUUGCUAGUGAGUAUAGACAGUCUCCUGAUUUGUGCCUGGCUCUUGGUUUGACAGAUAAGAUCCGAGUCUUGAUUGAAACCCUUGUAAAAAACAAUCUACGGCUUGAGGCUAUUGCAUACAUAUGCGCAUUUGAUCUUGUCGACAAGUUUCCCCCUGCAGACAUGCUGAAAGUUCACUUGGAAUAUUCCAAAGAGAGUUUGUAUCACGAGGCCAAAAAAUCGCAUUGGAAAUGGCAUCAAAUUAUAGAUCAUGAAAUAGCUGCUGUGAGGAAAGUCACCGGAUGCAUUACUGAUCACAAGCUUGAAUCACUAUACCCACCUAACGAUCUGGAAGACUACAUUAGACAACUGGAAAGGCAGAAGGCAGUUCGAAACAAUGUUGCUAGGAAGCAAAAGCAGGAAACAGGCCGGAAAAAAACUGGACAAGUCCCUUCUGCCAAUUCAAAACCACGGCACGAGUGUGGAACUAAGUUAACCUCCAUAAAUGUGUCAGUAGAAGCCGUCUCAAGUACUUCUUCUAGUGCUGGUUCCACAGUUAAACUGUCACCUUUGCAACUACUGGAAAGCUUCUUUGCAGAUCAAGCUGUGCCACACGUUUUAUGGGACUCCAAUUUCUCUGCAAACACAAACCUAUUAAGUGGUAAAAUGCAGGCAGAUAUGGCUGCCAUUGCUGAUGACAGGAGCUCAGACUCAGAUUGAAAUGAGCAACUCAGUGAAAUUUAGCCGUCAGUUUGCCGUUUGCCUUUGGUAGAAGCUUUUGCUUUGGUAUUUGAUUUCUAAGAGAGAUCAUGGAACCUGGACAAUAAUUUUUUACUGCUUGUACAAUGAGCUGUUAGCUCAGUGGUAGUAGAGUCGGUCCCAGGACUGAGGGUUUCAAGUGGAACAUCAAAAGGAACUGCUUGUAAUAAUCUAAGAAAGUGAUUUGCAUUUUGAAAGUUGAAACAGUUUAUUUGUAAUUUGAAAAUUUCCCUCAUUUUUGCUAACCAAAGACAUGGGCAGAUUCCAAGACCAAGAAAAACUCGGAGCAAGCCCAGUCUUACAUCAAACGCAGCCCACUUGAAUAUUAGACUCUUUAGCCUAUCUCCAGUCCUGGCUCCUGGUCCUGGUACUGGUUUACGUCCCCAGUCCUGCAUUAUAAUAAUAUUUACUGUUUGACUCAAAUAUUAUUAUUUUUC